AUGGCAUCCAACCCUCCGCUUCAGCCAGGGCGUCCCUUCAAGAUCAGCGUCCCAGAGGAAAAGAUCGCAACACUCAAGGGAAAACUCACACAUAUUAGAGAUUCUGAAGAACUUGCAGACGUAUGUCGAGAGUACGGUGUUUCGCCUACGGAUAUUCAACGCCUGCUGGCACGCUGGAGGGAUGGUUAUGAUUGGAGGAAACACGAACGCGAACUGAACGAAGAGCUACCCCAGUACAAGAGAGAUAUUUAUGUCGAUGCCUUUGCAACGCUUAGGAUACACUACGUGCAUAAGAAGAGUGAGGUGAAGGGUGCCAUCCCCUUACUUUUCGUACAUGGAUGGCCAGGAAGCUUCAUCGAAGUUCGAAAGAUCCUCCCUCUCCUGGCGCAGAAGUCCCCAGACUACCCCAGCUUUCAUGUCGUCGCCUUAAGUCUCCCAGGCUACGGAUUUUCUGCAGCACCUCGGAAGAAGUUUUCGAUCUCACAAUAUGCAGAGACAGGGCAUAAGCUGAUGCUAUCCUUGGGCUACGAAGAGUAUGUAACACAAGGAGGCGAUAUCGGCUUCUUUAUCACACGCAGAAUGACUAAAACAUACGGCGGUCAACAUACUAGAACACAUUCAAGGCUGCUAGAACUCUCACCACCACAUCUGUUCGGGUCUCCCUGGCUCUAUUUUGUCAACACCUUAACGCGUUACACCACGGCCGAGGCAGACCACCCCGACUCGCCUAUGAUGCACGAUGCGGGCGACCUCAGAGGGCGAUCAACCCUGUCGCAAACAAAUGGUCAUGAUGUCGCCACUUCUCCAGUCCAGUUAUUAGCCUGGAUCUAUGAGAAGCUUUUCAAAUGGAGUGAUUCUUACCCCUGGGAUGACGACGAAGUGCUCACUUGGGUCUCGAUUUACUGGUUUUCUGCUGCCGGUCCAGCGGCCUCUUUGGCAGCGUAUUAUGAGAUGAUUAAAGCAGGAGAUCGCGCCCCUGCGAAGACGAACGUUCCACUUGGUCGUCCUUACUUCCCAAGAGAGGUCUUGAACAUUCCGCGACUAUCCGCGAAGACACCUAACCUUGUUUCGGAAGAAGAGGCUAGCAUCGGUGGGCAGUUUGCCGCUUACGAGAAACCACAAGAACUUGUUAUGGAUCUCAGGCGCAUGUUUGGUAGAAACGGCUCAACUUUCGGCGCUGUGACAGGGAAAACAGGGUUUUAA